AUGUUCCGCAACGCAUACCAGCAUGGAUUUUUAUCCAUACUUUACAGCUGCGGAGCAACCCCACUUGCCAUUUGGGACAAACAAGUGAAAAACGGGUACAUUAAACGCAUAACGGAUGAUGAGGUCAAGUCCUUAGUUCUGGAGAUAGCUGGGACCAAUGUGGCGACGACCUUCAUUUCCUGUCCUCAGGAUCCGAAGAAAGUUCUGGGGAUAAAGCUGCCCUUUUUGAUAAUGAUUGUCAAGAACAUGAAGAAGUAUUUCACGUUUGAGAUAACGAUUCUCGACGACAAGGAUAUGCACAGGCGGUUUCGAGUGAGUAAUUUUCAAAGCACAACAAGGGUUAGGCCAUUCUGCACGACGAUGCCUAUCGGACUCUCGGGUGGGUGGAAUCAGGUGCAAUUCAACCUCGCUGAUUUUACCAGGCGUGCCUAUGGCAGCAACUACGUUGAGACGACCAGGAUGCAGAUACAUGCCAACUGCAGGAUAAGGAGGAUCUACUACGCCGACAGAUUAUAUUCCGAGGACGAGAUGCCUGAGGAAUUUAAACUGUUUCUACCAGUUCGUCGAAAGUUGCCCAGAGAAAGCAAGAGCAAGCCUGUGCAGCGUUCAAGUCUGCCGAAGCAGAUAAAUGCUGCAGGCGAUCAAGGCGAACAGCUCCCAGACGAACCUCCAGCCUUUACAGCUGCUGUAGAGGAGAGCAAAGAAGGUGAAAAAACAGUGGAGGAACCACCGGAGCACAAUACCGAAUCUGCGCCGCGGAAGUCGAGCUCAGUUCUAAAGUCGGAAGGCAAUCGAAAAAGUGCCGGCAUCAUAAUCAAAGAUACCGUGGAAGACGACGGCGAGGAGGAGCAACGAAACGCUGGAUAUGAUCAGGAACGGGGUCUGGAAGAGGAAGAAGCGGCUGAAGCUCUCACGGAGGAAGAAGCUCAGCCAGCGACCGAGGAAAUGGUCGAGAUCGCUGUGACGGAAGGAGGCUGA